UCUGCCAGUCAGCAUGAGAGUAGCCAAAGGGUCCCGUAUGGUGAUGGGGAGGGCCCGGAGUCGCCCGGUUCAGCCAGCGGUUAUUUCAUUCGGUUCAGUGACCGUUUGGAAAGCAAGUGCACACCUUCCCCCUCUCGGUGGCCAUGCGUGCCUCCAUUUGCCCCAGGGCAGCGCCUUAGCUAGGGGCUCGCCGAGAGGAGACCCGUGGCUCCCAGGCUGCCUGUCACCUGACCCUUAGCGGCCCUUGGUUCUUGGGAGAACGCGCGCAGCCGGCUGCCAUUUUGCUCCCUGGACGAACGAUGAGACACCACUUUUGUCCCGCCGCCUUUUCCUUUUGGGCUUUGCUUGUGCUGUUCAGGGAAGCCGCGCCCAAGGCCCUGCCCCCCCUGAAUCUUUCCGACGUCUGUGGAACAAGGCCUCUUAUGAAAAAUACAGUGGCAGGAACUCGAAUUGUAGGUGGACAUGAUGCUAUACUAGGAGCAUGGCCUUGGCAAAUUAGUCUUCAAGUUUAUGCAGUUGGUCUAGGAUAUGUCCAUAUAUGUGGUGGAUCUUUAAUUAAUAAAAUCGUAGUGUUGACAGCAGCACACUGCAUUAAAACAUCAGAGAACCCAGCCAUUUGGAGGGUUGUAAUUGGCUUGCAUAAUCUUAAUGAAGUUAACUGUCAUACAAUAAAGCGUCGGAUUAAAGCUAUCAAUAUACAUCCUAAUUAUAUGUCAGACACAUAUGACAAUGAUAUUGCUUUGAUAAUACUAGUCCGAUCUAUCAAAUUCAAUGACUAUGUUCGCCCAAUCUGCUUACCUGCCACAAAUCUUUCGAUAAAUCAGCAGUAUCCCUGUUACAUAUCUGGAUGGGGUAAAACAGAGGAAAAAGGUCAAAACAACUUAAUAUUACAAGAAGCUCAAGUAGAUAUUAUUCCACAGAAAAUGUGUAAUAAACUUGGCUGGUAUGCUGAAACAAUUACAGUGAAUAUGCUCUGUGCUGGCUUUCUAGCUGGAGGUGUUGAUAGCUGCCAGGGAGACAGCGGUGGUCCUCUGACAUGCUACCUUCCAACCACUACGAAGUUUUAUUUGAUAGGAAUUACCAGUUUUGGUUAUGGUUGUGGUCGCCCAAGACAUCCAGGAGUUUAUGCUAAGACAAGUAAUUAUAUCAGUUGGAUAAACAAGUAUUUAGAGAGUAAAAUUGUAACUGUGGAACUUCAUUGCGUCUUGAUCUUUUUAAUUGUGUGGUGGACAGUCUUCCAUAUUCUAUUAAAUACUCUAUUAAAUUUAUUUGCCGCCCAUCUCGCCACAAGGUUUCUCUGCGUCCCCGAUUACUUCGGAAGGGAAGCCGUGCCCAAGGCCCUGCUCCCCCUGAAUCUUUCCGACGGAUGUGGAGCAAGGCCUGCAAUAGUUAACAUAACAGCAGAGACUCAGCCUUUAGGUGGACAUGUUGCUCAGCUUGGAGCAUGGCCAUGGCAAGUUAGUCUUCAGAUUUAUCGUGUUCCAUCAGGUCGAUUUCGGCAUGUAUGUGGCGGAUCAUUAAUUGAUAACAAUUCGGUACUGACAGUAGCACGUUGCAUUAAGAAAUGGGUAAAUCCAGAAUAUUGGAGAGUUGUGAUUGGCUUACAUCGUCUUUACAAACCUCAUUCUCACACUAUAAGUCGUCGGGUGAAAAGUAUCAUUGUCCAUUCUGGUUUCAAGUGGGACAGCUAUGAAAAUGACAUUGCAAUGUUUAAACUUGUGAAGCUCGUUGAGUACAAUAAAUACAUUCAGCCUAUCUGCUUACCUCAGGAUUCUCAUCUAGUGAGUGAUAAGAAUCCAUGUUACAUAAGUGGAUGGGAAAACAUAAAGAAAAAAGGCAAAAUUCAAACUGUGUUACAAGAAGCUCAAGUAAUUACUAUUCCACUAUAUGUCUGCAAUAAAUAUGAACAGUAUAAAGAAAUAUUAGCAACUGAUAUGAUUUGUGCUGCCUCGCCAACAAAUAGCUCUGUGGAAGAUAAUGGUGGACCUUUGAUGUGCUAUUUCCCAAGUGUAUCCAAGUACUAUCUGAUAGGCAUCACCAGUUUUGCCAGUGGCUAUAAUCAAGAUUAUUAUCCAGGACUCUAUACACGUACAAUUAGCUACAGAAAAUGGAUAGAUUUUCAUCUUCAUGAUAAAACUACAACCACAGUGAACAUCCAGAGUAUUCUAGUUCUUUUAAUUAUGGAAUGGAUAAUCUUUCACCUUCUAUAA